CCUCUCCCACUGACUUUUAUCGAAUCAAUCCGAAAGGGAAGUUGGAACCAAGAGAGUGAGACAGAGAGAUCUGCGUUUUUUCCUUUCUUUUCUAGACAUGAUCAAUCUCAGAUUCGUCCACCGCCUCCUAUUUUUGACGGCGAUCUAUAUCUUCCUUCCUCCGACCGCCGCUAGAGGCGGUCACUCCGACUAUAUCAACCCAGGUUAUGGAAAUUUUAGUUUUCAUGGUAUUGCGAGGAACUUAUUUGCUCAAGAAGAGCUUCGACCGAGUUUGGAAUUAACUCGAGGUUACAUGACAAAUGAUGAUCUUGAGAAAGCAAUGAAAGAUUUCACCAAAAGAUGUAGCAAGAUCUCGAGAUUAUACAGCAUCGGAAAGAGUGUCAAUGGAUUUCCUUUGUGGGUCAUAGAGAUUUCAGACAGACCUGGAGAGAUAGAGGCUGAACCUGCAUUCAAGUACAUUGGGAAUGUACAUGGAGAUGAACCUGUAGGGCGUGAGCUCUUAAUACGUCUUGCAAACUGGAUUUGCGAUAACUAUAAGAAGGAUCCAUUGGCUCAAAUGAUUGUAGAAAAUGUUCACCUUCAUAUAUUGCCAUCAUUGAAUCCAGAUGGCUUUUCAAUUAGGAAACGUAAUAAUGCAAACGAUGUUGAUCUGAAUCGCGACUUCCCUGACCAGUUCUCUCCCGUAAAUGAUGACUUGAGUUUGAGGCAACCUGAAACUAGGGCAAUUAUGACUUGGCUGAGAGAUACACGAUUCACAGCGUCGGCUACUCUACACGGGGGUGCGCUGGUCGCAAAUUUUCCAUGGGAUGGUACGGAGGAUAGGAGGAAAUACUAUUAUGGAUGUCCUGAUGAUGAGGCAUACCGGUUCUUGGCACGUAUAUAUAGCAAAUCUCACCGUAAUAUGUCUUUGAGCAAAGAAUUUAAGGAAGGAAUCACAAAUGGAGCAUCAUGGUACCCAAUUUAUGGUGGUAUGCAAGAUUGGAAUUACAUAUAUGGAGGAUGCUUUGAAUUGACUCUGGAAAUAAGCGACAACAAGUGGCCUAGAGCCCCAGAGCUUCCUACCAUUUGGGAUUACAAUAGAAAGAGCAUGCUGAAUCUUGUUGCAAGCAUAGUGAAGACAGGAGUUCAUGGACGGAUCUUUUCAUUAGACCAGGGAAAGCCACUGCCUGGGCUUGUUGUGGUCAAGGGAAUCAACUAUACGGUUAAAGCUCAUCAAGAAUACGCAGACUACCAUCGUUUGCUUGCACCUGGACAGAUAUAUGAAGGAAUCCGAUUGAGUUCUUAUCAGUAUGAUAUUAGAGUUGUCCAUUAUUAUGUUAUGAGCAGAUGAUUAUUGUUAUAACCAGCUCAGUUUAGAGAUCCAUCCUUAAGACCGUGCCGCUUACAAAUGCACUAUGAGCUUGUUAUAAGCUGACGCUAACAAUAUGAUAUCUUCUUUUCAUCUCAACUUCUUUGUUAUUGUUGUGAUUGCUUGCCUCGUUUUGAGUUUCACUUUCUGAUUCGCAGUCACAGCAUCAUCCCCGGGAUACAAGCCGAAAACAGCAAGUGUUUGGUUAGGUGACAACGCUGUUACCGCUGAUUUCAUUCUCAUCCCAGAAGAAAGCUCCCGAGGCAAUCUACUGAGAAGCAACUGUGACUGUGACUGUAAAAGCUGCGGUCAGCCGCUACUAGCACACUUUUUCACAGAGACGAAUAACGGAAUCACGCUUACGCUUAUCGUGGUAGUAGUGUUCCUGUGUUUUUUGUUGCAAAGAAGGGUGAGAUUUAACCUCUUGAAGCAAAAACAAUCCUCUA